AUGGAUUUGAAACUCACAAAAGCAUUGGUGGGAGCAGGCUUUGUACAAAGAACUCAUGACUAUUCUAUGUUCACUAAGAGGUCAGGCAAGGAUAUUGUUAUCAUCUUUAUCUAUGUUUAUGAUUUGCUAUUGACUGGAAGCAAUAAAGAUCUAAUUAAUGAAGCUAAAGCAGUUUUGCAUCAGCAAUUCAAACUCAAGGACCUAGGAAAACUGAGGUAUUUCUUAGGGAUUAAGGUAUUGAGUUCUAAUCAUGGGAUAUUACUUAAUCAAAGGAAAUACAGUUUGGAGCUGAUUUCUAAAUUGGGCUUAAGUGGUGCCAAGCCAGCUUUAACACCACUUGAAAUCAAUCAAAAACUUACAAGUAUGGAAUAUGAUAGAGCUAUUGCGAUACAAGAUAAAGAUCCCUUGGCAGAUGCAAACAAGUAUCAAAAACUGAUAGGGAAAUUGCUUUGCCUGACAGUUACUCGACCAGAUAUUAGCUAUGCAAUCCAGACCUUGAGUCAAUUUAUGUAA